GUCCUCCCGCGCUCUCUCUCUUAAUCUCAACUCUCAUGGCAACUCCUCCAAGGAUUCUACUAUGCGGAGAUGUUCUAGGUCGCCUCAAUCAGCUAUUUAAGCGAGUCUCAUCGGUGAACAAAUCAACCGGCCCAUUCGAUGCGCUUCUCUGCCUGGGACAGUUCUUUGCUGAUUCCUCCGAUCAGCUCGAUGAGCUCUUGGAGUACGUCGAAGGACGUUCCCAACUCCCUAUCCCAACUUACUUCAUCGGUGAUUACGGCAUUGGUUCUGCAAAGGUCCUCACUGUUGCUUCAAAGGAUCCAGAGAAUAAAGGUUUCAAGAUGGAUGGGUUGAAGAUAUGUGAGAACUUAUACUGGCUCAAAGGGAGUGGGAAGUUCAACCUCCAUGGAUUAUCUGUGGUCUACUUAUCGGGCAAACAAUCGUCAGUUGGUCAACCCUUUGGAACUUAUAGUCAAGACGACGUUGAUGCGUUACGAGCUUUGGCUGAAGAGCCUGGGGUAGUUGAUCUGUUUCUGACUAAUGAAUGGCCCAGUGGAAUUUUGAACAGGGUUAAUACAUCCGAAGCUCCACCUGGAAUUACAGAUUCAGCUGGUAGUGAUCCCACUGUAUCAGAGCUAGUUGCUGAGAUCAAGCCUCGCUAUCAUAUUGCAGGUACUAAAGGUGUGUUUUAUGCACGUGAGCCCUACUCUAAUGAUAACGCUGUCCAUGUAACUCGCUUCUUGGGUCUUGCAUCAGUUGGAAAUAAGGAUAAACAGAAAUUUAUUCAUGCAAUUUCUCCUACUCCAGCAUCUCUCAUGUCUGCGGGUGAGAUCCAUGCAAAGCCGCCAAAUACAACCUUAUCUCCAUAUUCAGUUGUAGAGAAAACACUUCAGCGUGAGGAAACUGAAAAGCGACCAAGCGGCACUGUUUCAGACGCACAAUAUUGGCGGUAUGAUGUCUCCCAAAAGCGGCAAAGACAGGGAAAUGAUGGUGAGAAGCUUUGUUUCAAAUUUACAUCUUCAGGGUCUUGUUCACGAGGCGAAAGCUGUAACUUUCGGCAUGACAUUGAUGCAAGAGAGCAAUAUUCGAAAAAUGUUUGCUUUGAUUUCCUUAACAAAGGAAAAUGUGAACGUGGUCCCGAUUGCAACUUUAGGCAUAGCUUAGCUGAUGAGGGUGAGAGCUUUUCUCACAAGAGACAUAGGUCUGACAACACUGACAGGUCAAAAGAUUGCUGGUUUUGUUUGUCCAGCCCCAAAGUGGAGUCACAUCUUAUCCUAAGUGUGGGAGAAAAUUACUACUGCGCUCUAGCUAAAGGCCCACUAAGUCGAGAUCAUGUACUAAUAAUACCGAUUGAGCACAUGCCCCAUACUCUUUCUCUGGCUCCAGAAACAGAUACAGAAUUAAUAAGAUUCAAAAAUGCUUUGAAGAGGUAUUUCAAGACCCAAGGCAAUGAAGUAGUUUUCUUUGAGUGGAUUUUCAAGCAUGGUACUCAUGCUAAUCUUCAGGCUAUUCCCAUUCCUUUGUCAAAGGCAUCUUCUAUUCAAGAUUGUUUCAUUUCAGCUGCUGAAAAGUUGGGAUUUGAAUUUGAAGUCAUGAAUUCGAACAAUAAUAUUUCUGAAGGAAGAGAACUACUUAGGUCACAUUUUGAUGGAAGGUUGAGUUUCUUCUAUGUGGAACUUCCAGAUGGUACAAUACUAUCACAUUCUGUCAAGGAUAAGGAGAAAUUUCCAGUCCAAUUCGGACGUGAGGUUCUUGCUGGUUUGUUGAAUGUCAUGGAUAAGGCUGAUUGGAGGAAUUGUAAGCUUAGCAAAGAUGAUGAAAUGAAGAUGGCCGGAGGUUUCAAGAAUCGGUUUGAGGAAUUUGAUCCUACUUCUUGAUGUUUGUUAUGGUUGAUAAAAUUGCUGUUCUUGGUCACCUCUUUUUCCAAUGAAGACUAGCUUUUAUCACGGAAUUGCUCCUCGUGAAUCCUUUGUUUAGUGGCUAGCUUUCCGUUGGAUAAAUUAUUGAAUAUUAGUUAGCACA